AUGUCUGAUAAUGCGAAAGAAAAGCCCGGGCUGUUGAACAAAAAACUUGCAGCAGCGCCAGUUUUGAAUCAAGAGGAGGAGAGCAGAAAAAUCUUGGAGAAUUUGCAGUUGAGGAAGAACUUUUUGCAACAAGGCACUCUGAGACCUGGACCAACUCUGCCUGUCAUGGCUGUAGGGAGUGCAAAAGCGCAGGAAUUGCUAGCUAGUGCACAGGCGGUUUCUCCUGGGUUUUACGUGUAUCAAGACUCCAAGUAUGGUAAUAACAUCUUGCCUGUGAUCCCAAGGUUGAAACAAUGACUGCAGAAAUUAUGUUUUUUUUGGUCAAUGUCUUCAUUGUGGUUUUUGUGUGGAAGAAUUCCAAAAUUGCCUCUCAUUGUUCUCAUUUUUCUUCUGGAUGUUUUUUUCCAUAUUGCAUUGUUGUAUUGAAUAUCGUUUGGAAUUUUAUAGGAAAGUGUGAUAUUAAAGAAUAUUUGCUGGAUUCAUGCUGGUGUGGAUGCCAGAAUCCCGGCAAAGUUCUCAUGAUUUCAGGAUGAGUGAGCAUUUUUCUUGAAC